AUGUCUGCAGGCAGCAAUAAGCUAGAUAAGAAACUGACAGCAUCAACUGCAACACUCUCUGAUAAGGAUCCACGAGAUAUUUCUAACAACGGUUUCAACCGUUUCGACCCCAAGUACGUCAGUAUCGGCCCGAAAGCAAUUCGUAACACGGUAAAUAACGUAACGGCGAACGUGAAUAAAUGUGCCACUCUGCGCCACGGCGGCCGUUACGGUGGUUCGCUAAGCGUUAGCGGCGGAUUGGGCGCUGGAGGUGGCCACCACGGGGUUGGUGGGUUCGGUAGUGCCCGCUCUGGUACAAGCCCUAGCCCGAAUCUCAAAAACGUUCAGCAACCCAUGAUAACCCCAAGCCAAACACAGCAAUACAAGCAGCACCAUCAGGACAGGCAGCUGUCUCAAACCUCCGGCAAUACUGCGAUUCCCAGCGGGAUGGGAGGAGAGCGAACGGAGCCAAAGCUCGCCAUUUCAACUGUGUCUAAAGAAUACAACCAACAGUCGGCAUCGUAUUCAUGCGCAACGCUUCCCUACAAGAAGCCUGGUAGUGGUUAUACAGAAACCUCGACUGCAUCAACCGCAGUAACCACCUCGAUAUUGAAAAAGGAGAGUAAUCUGGAUAAUCAACACAACCAGCGCUACGCUCCGACCGUCUACAGCAUCGACACUUCUGCCUAUCAUCAUCAACGGGAAGGCAGUGGAAGUGGCUUCCACCAUCAAUCUUCGCAAUCAUCUCUUCAGCAACAGACGCUGACGCAGUCGCAACAGUAUCAACAACAGCUGUUACAGCAACAGCAGCAACAACAGCAACUACAACAACAACAACAACAGCAAUUACAACAGCAACAACAAAAUCAGCAGCAACAAACUCAUCAUAGAUCUCUGUCCAGUACAAAUCAAUUGUACCAGGAAACAGGAGCAGGCUCGGUAUUUGCCAGUCCACCUCCAUCCAUUGCCUCAACAGCAACGUCCCGUUCAAACGUGUCGAUCAUUAAUCAACCCCUACCGGAUAUUCCAACCAGCGCCGGUGGUGGAAGCGGUUCAGUUGCAGGAAACUCGAUAAAAAAUAGCCCGCAACCUCUUUGUGCCGCUACGCUGAAUCAAUACCGCUCGCUGCAGCGGCCGCACAAGCAGCAACAAAACAGUAGCAGCGGAUUGUCCGUGUUGGCCACACCAACAGGACUCGGAAAGCCUACAAUUCCGCCCAAAGUCACCCCACCGAUGUUGCCACCGAAGAACCGGCACAAAGAUGAUUCCCAGUAUCAGAGCAAAGCGGCGGCAUUAGCGGCUGCCACGACGGGGUCCGGUAUGGCUCCACCGUUGCCAUCGUCCCGGCCCCAACAACCGUUACCUCAACCACCACCACCACCACCCGUGCAGUCGCAUCACCAUCACCAUAGCCAACCAGGUGGGCACGGUAAAUCUUCAGCUCAACCGCAGUAUGGCGGAGGCGGAAUGAGUGUGUCAAGCAAUUUUAACGCCAUUCAGCAGCAGCUGCAAAAUCAGCUCCAUUUCAAGCAGUACCAUCAGCUAACUCAGCAACCAUGGCAACGGGAGCAGUUGCCUCAGCAGUCGGGAGCGAACGUCAAUAUCGCAAGCAAUAGCACGUUCGUUAGCUACGAUCGUAAUCAAACCGCCAUCAAUACAAGUACGAGCCGCAAUCGAUCGUAUUCCGGAGGCAGCAGUAGUAUCGACCAGCCACCACCAUCGAAACCGAGCAAUAUCGAAAAGGCCAAAAAUCAUCAUUCAUCAUCCGGCGGAACUGCGGUGCCCAGUGGAGGUGGAUCGAUAGUAGCAAACUAUCAAACCCUUCCCAAAAAUCAUCAUCAUCACCAUUAUCCACAACAGCAGCAACAGCAACAGCAACAGUAUCAACAACAUGGCCAGUCAGCCUCGUUUGGAUCGACCAGCAGUGGCGGACAACACCAGCAGCAACCGAAAAGUAUCCUCAGCAAAACGCGGCCAAAUGAAACCCGCGAACGGGAGCAGCGUGAGCGUGAACGAGAACAAAGGGAGCGGGAUCGUGAACGAGAACGUGAUCAUCAUCGCGAACGAGAUCGAGAAAGGGAUCGGGAUCGCGAUCGGGAUCGUGAUCGAGACCGUGAUCGGGAGCAUCGAGAGCAUCGGGAACAUAGAGAUCGUGAGCAUCGUGAACGCGAUCGAGAUCGGGAUCGGGAUAGGGACAGGGACAGAGAUCAUCGUGAUCGAGAUCGUGAACGAGAUAAAGAUCGUGAUCGAGACAGGGAACGCUCUGAACGCAGCCAUCAUAAUCGAGGUAGCCAUGAGUAUCAUCACGAUUCCAACCACGGUUCCUCGACCAACAAUAAAAACCCCAACGUUUACUAUCGCUCAUUGCAAAGGGGUGGCUUGCAGGCUAACAACGAUCUGUAUUCUGUAACAGAGUUGUGA